AUGUCUUCUAUAUCUCAAGCUGACCUGGAUUCCAUGAACGAUUCAUCCAAAAAGGAGAUUGCCAAUUUCUUGGAUGCUGAAAACUCUAAACAAAGGGUCCAAAUGCAAAUACAUGACUUUACCAACAGUUGCUUCAAAAACUGUGUGUCUUCUAUCACUUCGCCAGAACUUUCCACACAAGAAGAACAGUGUUUAAAUAGCUGUGUAAAUAGAUUUUUAGAUGCUAACAUCAGAAUUGUCCAGAAUUUGCAAAACGUUCAAUGA